AUGCCGGGUCUCACACUCAACACAAGCGGCGCCGCCCGCGCGGCCACCCAUCCCUCUAGUCAAACUUCCGCCGCGGCCGCGAACCCAAGCACGAGCGCAAACACGCAAGACCCCGCGCGUCCCUCCUCACCACCAAGACCGACUUACAGCCCCAUCACACCACCUCUAAACCCGGUCGCGCUCCCGCCACGGCCGACAUACACGCACAGCUCACAUCAGGAUCAAGUAGGCAUAGCGCCGCCACCACCCGAGCCCAUCGACUUCGACAACAAUCCAGAUGUCCUGGCCCUCAAAUCCGCCAUCUCCAUCCUGCAGCUGCAGCGCCGCAAGGCCGCCGCCGACAUGGCGCUACUAAGCCGUGUCAAGACCGCCGCGCUCGCCGAGCCCGAGGCCUUCGUGCGCGACUUGACGACGGGGCGCGUGGGGAUGGAAGGCGACGCGCUAUAUGGCGGUAGUAGUAGCGCUGCGUACGAGGACGAUGAUGACGAUGAUGAAGAGGAUGAGGACGACGGGAUGGAAGACACACAGAGUAAUACCGCUGCUGCCGGACAACCCGCACCCUCCAUAACUUCACACACCGACUCAAGCAGCAACAGAACAAUCACCGACAACUCAGAAGCAUCGCACUCGGAAAUUAAGAGCGACCCCGACGCCACAGAGUCAGAGUCCUCGCACCAUCACCAUCACCACCCCCAACCUAACCCCCAACCUAAACCCCAACCCAACCCCCAAUCCCGUCCCUGGACCAGGCUCCCCAAGCCGCAAAACGUAGUGCGCUGCCCACCCAUCAACUGGGCGCAAUACGCCGUCGUCGGCGAGUCCCUCGACAAGCUUCACAGCGAGCAGAUCUCGCGGCCCGCGCAAGGGGUCCCAGCAGCCGUUGGGCCCGACGGCCGGUACGAGUUCAAGGGGGAGCCCGGACGGCAGGAGAAGCUAGUUGGGGUCGCGGCGCCGUAUGCGCCGGGCAAGGACCGUAUUGAGCGGAAGCCUAAGGGGCCUAAGCGAUGA